AUGGAGCACUCAUCAUCAUGCUCUGGCCGUGUUUGUCGCGGCUGCUACGGCGAAAUAGCAGAGAUUGUAACUCACGUGGAUGGCGUUUACAUGCUGCAGACGAAGCGGCAGGGCACAGCGCACCAGCUGAACGUUAUCUGGCGUGUUUUAGGUGAGCAGUUGGAGGAAAUGCUCAUCAAGAAGCGAUCGGGGAUUGUCCUGGACUUCCUGCACGCCAGCAUCAAGGUGCAGCGAGUCAUGCUCUUUGAUAAAUCAAUUGCCAUCGAGCUGAAGCCGCAGCUUGUGCUGCUGCCGGACUUUACAUCGAAAUUUCACCUUAAAAACGUGCUGGAGAUGCAGGAUGCACACUACCACGCAACCGUUCCCAACACGGUCAGCUACAUCACCAUCGCCUCCAUCGUCGGCACAGACCGCUUCGUUGUCGAGGCGGCGGUGAAGGACUCAGUGCGCGAGAUUGGCAAGUACCUGCAGCGCAACGCUGCCUCGACGCUCACGAUCGACAUUGGCGUAGGCUUCUUGGAGUUCCAAGACAGAACGUACCGCAUGAAGUGGAGCGAAGAGUUCCUCGCUCGGAUGAGGGCAUCCGUUGGCGCAGCCGAGGUGGUGACGCCGUACGACCCGCCGUCCAGGACGAUUGGCGGCCCUACGGCGCCAUGCCGCUUUCAGAAGGGAUGCACCUCAGAGAACCUGCUGCAGACCCAGGUUUGCGACACCGUGCUGGCUGAGUCACGCUUAAGUUCUGCGGAGCUGAACGAUGGCAUGGGCAGCUCUUCGUAUCGCAGAACUCACUGGUAA